UUCAGUCGAUUGACACCAGUUCGCACAGGUCUCACCAUGAUGGUAUUCUCCUGGACAUUUGUGGCUCUCCUGUUGGUGUCCUCUUCCUGGGCUGAGGAAGAGGUGACCACCCUGAAAGAUGUCAGUUCUAGAGAGCCAUCUGUGGGUGAAUUGCUGGAGAGAGCCAACAGGAAUCGUGUUCCUGAUUCUGAUGAGCCCACCCUGAUCGGAGGAGACAUUGCCAUUAAAUCUGAGGCGGAUAGGAACGCUGACCCCUGCACCUCCACAGGCUGUCUGUGGCUCAAGUACAGUGACGGAAAUGUCUACAUCCCCUACUACAUCGCCAACAACUACUCGGACCGUGAGCGAGCCAUCAUUGAGCGCGGUCUACAGUCCUUCUCCGCUGUGUCGUGCAUCCGCUUUAGACCCUACCAGAAUGGAGACCAUGAAUGGAUCAGCAUUGAGUCCAGGAACGGGUGCUACUCGUACGUGGGCCGCCAAGGCGGAGCUCAGACGCUGUCUCUGGACCGUAGAGGAUGUCUGUACCACAGCACUGUCCAGCACGAGCUGCUCCACGCUCUGGGCUUUAACCACGAGCAGACCCGCUCUGACAGGGACCAGCACAUCAAAGUGCACUGGGAGAACAUCAUGGACGGGAUGGCCUAUAACUUCGACAUCAUCGAUACGCUGAACCAGGGCACUCCGUACGACUACGGCUCUGUGAUGCAGUACGAGAGGUACGCUUUCUCCAAGAACAAUUUGCCCACAAUGGAGCCCGUUCCUGACCCCAACGUGAUCUUUGGUGAGGCCACUGAGAUGAGCCAGAAUGACAUCACCCGCCUCAACAGGCUCUACCAGUGCUGUGAGUACUGUCCCCAUGUGUCCCCAUGUGUCCCCAUGUGCACCUGCAUGUGCCUAUGUGUACAGACCAAAUCAACCACGGGCCAUGUAGAGCACACGUAGGG